UCAAUCGGUCAGUUUUAGUGAGACGAUCCCCCGGACGAGAUGUGCUUUCCGAAAGAAGACUGCUGUGGUAACUUCACUUUGCUGAAGCCGGACGUUUCGAUCCAACAGGUGGUGGAUGAACUGUUGAAUUCUCCGGCUCGCGAAGAUCCAUUCCACGUACUGGACCUAGAUGACGUCGUUCAGAAACAUCUGAACUGGUUAGGCCAGCUGCCGCGUGUUAAGCCGUUCUACGCGGUCAAGUGCAACGAUGAUCCGCAUAUUUUGAAGGUUCUGGCCUGUCUGGGAACUGGAUUCGAUUGUGCUUCGAAGGCCGAAAUUCGACAAAUUCUAGCAAUGGGGGUCGAACCGGAGCGAAUCAUCUUUGCCCAUCCAGUGAAAUCGAAGGAGGCGCUGCUUUUCGCCAAGGAAAAGGGGGUGGCUAAGAUGACUUUUGAUAACGAGUUUGAGCUGGAUAAGAUCGCCGAAUUUUACCCGGAAGCUGAAUUGGUUUUGCGUUUCCGGCAUGAUUCAGCUAAGGUUUUGAUAUCGCUUGGGAAGAAGUUCGGGUGCGACGCUCACGUGGACGGUCUGGAGCUCAUACAAAAGGCAAAAGAUCUCGGUUUGAAUAUUGUUGGUGUGAGCUUCCACGUUGGAUGUGGAAGCAAGGAUGUCGAUUGUUACUACGAUGCUAUCGAAUCGGCCAAAUCAUUAUUUGAGUUUGCAUUAAGUGUGGGAUACGAGUUUAAGCUCUUGGAUAUUGGAGGAGGAUUUCCAGGUGAUUCGGACAAAACUAUCGAUGAUUACUCGGAAGUAGUGAACAAAGCGUUGGAAGACUUCUUUCCGAACGGUAGUGGAGUUGAGGUAAUUGCUGAACCUGGACGGUAUUACGCGGGAUCUGCUGUAAGGCUGUUCACAACAAUUCACGGAAAAAAAUUUGUAAAAACUCCAGAUGGUGAUUCCGAAGUGAUGUACUACAUUAACGAUGGAGUAUUCGGAACGCUAUUCGAUUGGGUUAGUUUGAGAGCCGAUCACGAUUUAGGUCGGGUGAUGCCAUCGAUUACAAAUGCAAAAAAGGGGAAACCGCUGCUGAAAACUACCAUCUGGGGUCCCACCUGCGACUCGACGGAUAUUGUCUGCGAGAACGUAAACUUUCCGGAAUAUAACAUUGGAGAGUACAUGCUGUUUGAGAACAUCGGUGCCUACGGGAUAACCUUUGCCACUAAUUUUAACGGGUUUCCUAGUCCAACCAUUCGGGUGUUUGUAAAAGAACAAACAUGGUCUGCCUUAUCACAUUUGAAACCCAUCAAAUGGACGGACAAACAACUGGACACAUUACAGCAACAUUUUCCGCGUUCAUGAUUAUUAAUUGUUGCCUUCGACUGUAAUUAAUUAUUGACGACUGUGUUUUCGGCUCUUUCAGUCUUUAUGACAAGCUAAAACGGGGUUUGCGUCUACUUAUCUGACGUUUCGGUGUGUAUUUAGCCUUCUAAAUCCAUGAAGAAGGUAUAGUACACACCGAAACGUCGGAUAAGUAGAAGUAAAACCCGUUGAAGUUUGUUAAAAAGACUGAAAGAACCGAAAAACACCGUCGUCAGUAAAUGAUUAUAAAAUGAUUAGAUUCAUUAAAAUGUUACCACAGAGACAAACAUAUAAGCUGAAACGAAAUUUAUUUCAUGAAGCUACAUAAGAAUUCAAAUAGAAAUACAUAUCCAUACGCUCCAUUCAAACGAAGAAAAGAUUAAAUUGUGAAGAGAAAGGAGUUGAAAAACCGAAUCUCUUAAACAUUUGCGUAAAUAAGGUGAAAUGGUAACCAUGUUCGGAAAAUAAAAGGCCCAAAAAAGUGCUGAAAAAAACUAAAACAAACAGUAAUAUUAAUGAUAAACAAAAAACUUGUUUUUUUUAUAUUUUCGUAUUUUUUUCGCAGCUAACAGCAAACAAAAAAAAAUGCUGUGAAAUGGGAAAUAUUUAUUAUUUAUUUUCUCAGACUAAAGCCGGAGCCUUCGACUGUGAGAGCUGUUUCGGUUCCGAGCGCUUUCUUAAGAAGAUGAUUGGACAAUUGUAACAUAAAAACAUUUGUAAGGACGUAGCAAGGUGUGUGGAGAAAAUCGGGUCUACCUAAUUGUAGAUUAUGGCAAAAUCUACAAUGACCGUGGAUAUGUUUAUCUCUGCAACUCCAUCUACGAUUUGUGCAAGGUUUCAUGCUAUGCUUUCUCGCUGCAAAGAAAUUAGAAAACAACAAGGCCAGUAAAUGUCAAAAUU